AUGGAGGUGCCACAGCUUACGCGUCGAAAACCCAAGGAGCUGCCGCCACUUAUCGUGGAGCCGGAAGAUGAAGAUGAUGCCUUUUCUGCAGUACCCGUCGAACAGAUGAGUGCUCGAGGAGUGUUCUUGCUCGCGAUGGCUGUCACCUCCUUCGCAGCCUUCACUCUCUUCGCUCUAGCGGAGCUCACGCACCAUCACCUAAGUUUCCUGCUCGCUGGUGUCCUACAGGGUGAUACCCAUGCUGCUGCUCAGUGGGCGCUACUGCUGGCCGUUCCUGCCACCAGUGCCGCUGCCUGGUUCCCGAUCUCCAUCUCGCACGCCCCCACGGGAAUGCUACGUAUCACAUCAGCACUCGCAAGGAGAUACCGUCGCAAUCACAUGUUCGCCAUCUACCAGAGCGUGGGAUGGACGCUGUACGACCUGUUCGUGGCAUUGCAGGCCAUCUGCUUCAGCUCUGACAAGGUGCGUGACCUGCCGUUCUGUCGGCCUGGUAGUCGCUCCGUGCAGGCGGUGGCAGCUUUCAUCGCCGAGGUGUUGAUCAUCUCGUCCGUGCUGACGCUGGAGAAGCGUCGGGAUCGCAAUCGGCAGCGUCGAAAGGACCGGUUCGUGGUGCAACUUAACAACUUCAACAACAUGUUGCUGUUGGUCGGAGCGACGUUGCUGGCUCUGGCGUCCGAGUAUACACGUGUGUUCCCGCACCCGUCUGGAAGUAGUAUGGGGUACCCGAUGGCGACGGGACUGGGGUCGUUGGCACUUUUUGUGACGGCGCUUUUCAACACGUACGGUCUGGGCGGGGUGUUGUCGACGAAGGACGGGUGGAACUUCUACCAGCCUUUUGUGGGUGGAGCACGUUUCGUGCUGUUCCAGAUCGUGUCUUGGACGUGCUUCGGUGCUGGGGCCGCGUUGCAGGUGCUUUAUUUGCUUUCGCUUGUUGUUGUGGAGCUGGAAUUGUUUGUUGGUGCGAUGGCUGUUGCUGGCUCACUGUUUGUGGUCGCGGAGAUCGGCAUGAUGAUGUCGUUGCUGGUGUUUCGGAAGGCAGGGCAAUCACCAAAACGUUCGGCUACGUCUCCGCGGCUUCUAAGUUUUCACGAACGCAUGCGUGAUUUUGCCGACGAAUCCCUGGGUGUACUUGUCGUCGGGGGACUGGCUAACAUUCAGUUCAUUCCGAAUGCGCUGCUGUUUAUCUUUUUCGCUGCCACAACAAACUUGAGUCCUGCAGGUGUUGCCUUCUACGGCGUCAUGGCGACUGGUAUGGAGUUUGUCGUGGUGGUAUCUCGCUCCAUCGCGACCCAUUUGUACCUGAAAGACUCACACAACGGGCUGCUGAAAGAAGUCAACCGAUACCAUGUCAAGUAUGUGCUACCCCAGAUUGUCACUGCCUGCCUUCCUGCAGUAGCCACAUACCGACACUAUAUUUACGACAUGGAAGCGUUUGUGCCAGUGCUGCUACUCACCAUUUUCAUCUACAUCUACGAGCUCACGUACCGCGGAAAUCCUCAACAAACAGGCUGUCGCGAACGUGCUAGCUGGGUUACCGGUCGCAGCUUCCUUGUUGAUACAGUCAAGAGAUAUUUCAGUGGAACUAUUAUUCGCAUGGCACCACUUGACCCCGAGAAGCAGUAUGUACUGAGCUUCCACCCGCAUGGCAUCAUGCCGAUCUCCGUCAUGUGGCUCCAAUUCACAGCGCAAUGGCGAAAACUGUUCCCGAACUUUUAUGCGCAUAUCUUGACGGCGAGUAUUCUACAUCAAAUUCCACUCGCCCGAGACGUGCUCCACUUUUACGGCUCGCGUGAAGUUACACGAUCGGCAUUUGCUUAUACACUGCAGCAGAAAGAGAGCGUGCUGCUUGUUCCUGGUGGCCAAGCCGAGAUGCUGCAGCAGCAGUCAGCUAAGAACGAGGUGCGUGUAUACACCCAUCAUAAGGGUUUUAUCCGCCUCGCAAUCGAGCACGGCGUACCGCUUGUACCAGUGCUGAGUUUCAAGGAGGGUGAGAUGAUGGACAACGUCCAGGCUCCUAUGCUACAGCGUUGGUUUGUCAAGAAGCUCGCAUUCCCGUUCCCGUACUUCCCGUACGGUCGAGGAAUGCUGCCAAUCCCGCGCAAAGUUGAUAUCCCCAUCGUGGUUGGAGAACCUCUUGAGGUGCCGCAUAUCGAGCAUCCUACUCAGGCUAACAUCGACGAGGUACAUGCCAGGUAUUUUGCAGUGCUUCAGGAUAUGUUCGACAGGUACAAGGACGAAGUUGGUUGUGGCGACUACAAGUUGGUUCUUAUCUGA